UUUUCUAUUCUUUUCUAUUCCUCGACAAGGCUAAGCAACCUUCCCUCCGACUUUUCUAACCGCCAUCCCGACGACAAGCAUCUCAGAGCUGCCAGCACCUGCACGACUUACUCUCGCCCUGAUUAUUUCUCAACCGCGUUACUCGAUUCUCACGAAAUCGCCAACCAUGGGUAAUGGAGCCAAGGCUGCGCAGAAGCGCGAGCGCAACGCGAAGGACAGCAAGGUCGCCAAGUCCCAGCUCAAGUCGAACGUUAAGGCUAUGGACAUUCAGUGCCAGAUCUGCAAGUCGACCUUCCUAAAGACCACCCGCGCCCCUCAGCUCACGGAACACGCCACCAACAAGCACAGCAAGACUAUCGAAGACUGCUUCCCUGGCUACGAAGACAAAUAGCCUGCCCGUCGGCCGAACUAUUGUUACUAUCCGGAAGCUAGUGCGGACGAACGAACGAACAAACGAGCAGCCGGACGGGCGACUGUGGUGGGCAAGCAGGCGAGGCGCAGCAUGGGCAUAGCGAAUGGCGUAAAUCCGGAGCGUACAGGAGAGAGGGAUCGAUC